UCGCUGCUGCUAGGCCCCAGCACUCCUAGCUCACCCUGCUCCAGCAGGACGUGGGCGAAGAUCUAGGGUGAGCGCCUUUGGGCGAGCCUUUACAAGCAGGGCUCUUGCGGACACCUGGGUGGAAAUUAAAGACAAAAACGAGCCAACUUGGAGCCCGGCUCGGCUUUCUUUUCUCGUUUCUGAUCCUCGCCAGGCGUGUGGCAUUGCUGAUAUUAUCAGAAAACCCAACAAGUUUCACCAUCACAGUGACAUCUGAAGCAGGAGAAAAUGAUGAAACUGUCCAGGCAACCCUUAAAUUUACCUAUGGAGAAAAAUAUCCAGAUGAAACUCCACUUUAUGAAAUAUUCUCCCAGGAGAACCUUGAAGAUAAUGAUGUCACAGACAUACUAAACCUUCUAGCACAACAGGCAGAAGAGAACUUGGGGAUGGUAAUGAUCUUCACUCUAGUGUCAGCUGUACAGGAGAAAUUAAAUGAAAUAGUGGAUCAAAUAAAAACAAGACAAGAGGAGGAAAAGAAACAGAAGGAAAGAGAAGCAGAGGAGGCAGAAAAGCUAUGUUUCCAUGGCACUCCUGUUACAAUCGAGAAUUUCCUAAGCUGGAAAGCAAAGUUUGAUGCAGAGCUCCUAGAAAUUAAAAGAAAAAAGAUGAAAGAAGAAGAGCAAUCAGGCAAAAAUAAAUUAAGUGGAAAACAACUAUUUGAGACAGAUCAUAAUCUUGACACGUCUGACAUUCAGUUCUUAGAGGAAGCUGGAAACAGCGUGGAAGUGGAUGAAUCCUUGUUCCAGGAAAUGGAUGACUUGGAGUUGGACGAUGAAGAGGAUGACCCCGAUUACAACCCUGUUGAUUUAGAUAGUGACUAAACUGAAAUUGCUGAACUGGCUGUGUCAUUAGUAUGCUUGGACACAUGUAGGGAGAAAGAGGCAGUCAGGAAAGCCACAGCAUCUGUGGCUCUACCAAGCAUGUAUUGGUUUUCAUUUUUGAAGGAAAAAAACCAAACUCUUUUAAUUUCAGGAGAAUACUCUUCUGAUGACUUUCAUCAUAAUUAAUAAAUUGGCUUUAACAUUUCGAAUGGGAAAUGUUAGGCAUAUUGUUAACCUGUA